AGCCUUAGUUUCAACUCUUCGACCCAGUUUAAGAUAACACUUACUGGACAAACUACUAGUUCCACAUGUGUAGUAAUCCAUUGUGUAAUUGCAAACAAUCCAAUUGAAAGCAAAUUCAGGAAGCAAGUUUAGAAAUCCCAAGUCAAGUGGAGAAACAAGACAAAGAUUCAACAUUAAAUGUAGAUAAACUUGAUGCUGCCAUUAAAGCAUGUGGAGAUCAAGUGAUUUAUUUGAAAGUAAAGAAAGCUGACAAGGUACGAUACAUGGAAAAAGAGAGAAGCCAUUUACUCGUCGUCAUCCUCGUCGAGGCUGCAAUCCGAAAAAGCGCUCGACAGGUCGCUGUCCUCGUCCGAGUUUGCCUCCAAGUUUGCCUCCAAAGCCAACUUGGCCUUUUUGGCUUCCUUGAUUCUCCAGAAACAUCACUGGUGUCGUUUCCAGAACCAACAUCAGGGUCUCCACAAGAAUACAGGAUUCCACAACGGGGGUAUCUUCCUUGUCAGAAUCUUCAUCAUCUGAGGUUAAGUUCCUACUUCUACGGAAAGCCGUCGACCAGGAAAAUCAAUUCUAGAAGAUCCAGUGUACACAAAAGAUAUCAUGAAUGAUUCGGGAAAUUCUCCUGAUUCAGGCGAGUCACAGAGCAGUGACAGUGGCGCAAAAGAGUCCCUCCUGAAAGAUUCGUCCUUAUCAUCUAGCAGCAGCCAAGAAACUUUGACUUCAUCUUCAUACUUACCAUGUUCGAUUGAGACAACGGGAAGAAGAUUUGCCUGAAGAAGAAGAAGACCAUUACAAGAAACCCCUAAACCCUUAAACCGGAUUAAUUGAUAGCCAAACUCGUCCAAUAAUUCCAACUGGGAGUGCAAGCCAGCAUGUAAA